UGAUUAUGGUUGCGGCACUAUGAAGACUGGUCAACCUGGAAUGGUAUUUCAAUACUAAAGGACUGGAAUUGACAAAUGUAGACCAAAAGAUCUAGAUCGGGAUAAAGUUAUUGAUGGACUGGAAUUACAGAACUCGUGGUUUGGGAACUGACAAAUUGUGAUCGGAACACUGAUGGAAUGGGAAUUGCAGACCAAAAUAAUUGCGUUUGGGAAUUUGAAGUAACUGGAUUAUAAUUUUGAUGCCGAGUUAUUGGUACAGAGAUCGAGUCAAUGGCAGAUUCAGCGGCUCCGGCUACAGAACGAGACUGAAGGGAGCUCGGCGAGGAGCCGGCCUCAGUGCGCGGUGGUCUCUAGGCGUUUAGGCCUGGCCCGCGUUGUUGUGGAUACGGAGCCGGAGCGGGGCGGGUCUGGCCUCGGGGGCGGAGUUGGAAACGUGUCCCGGCGGGAGGACGUGGCCCACAGCAAGAGCGGAAUUGGACUGGCUGCAGCCCCGGCUGAGCCCGAGGCCUGACACCAUGCUGGACUUCGCGAUUUUCGCUAUCACCUUUGUGGUGGUCCUGAUGAGCGCAGUGUUGUACUUGUACCCGGCAUCCAGGCAAGCAUCUGGCAUUCCGGGAAUGACACCUACAGAAGAGAAGGAUGGGAAUCUUCCAGAUAUUGUGAGCACUGGCAGUCUUCAUCAGUUCUUGGUAAAUCUUCAUGAAAAAUAUGGAUCCAUUGUAUCUUUCUGGUUUGGACGACGGCUGGUGGUCAGUUUGGGCUCCUUGGAUCUCUUGAAAGAGCACAUCAAUCCAAACCGGACGUCUGAUCCAUUCGAGACCAUGCUGAAAUCACUGCUAGGAUACCAGGCUGGAUUUGGAGGUAGUGUUGCUGAGAGUCAUGCAAGGAAGAAAGUUUACGAGGCUGCAGUGAAUAAAGCAAUCCAGAGCAACUUCACCCUUAUUCUGAAGCUAGCUGAUGAGUUGGUUUCAAAGUGGCUUUCGUAUCCUGAAUCCCAGCACAUUCCUCUGUGUCAGCAUUUGUUGGGCUUUGCCAUGAAGUCUGUCACACAGACAGCAAUGGGCAGUCGCUUUGAAAGUGAUCAAGAAGUAAUUCGCUUUCGGAAGGACCAUGAUUUGAUUUGGUCUGAGAUCGGGAAAGGAUUUUUGGAUGGAUCACUCGAUAAAAGCUCCCCCAGGAAGGAACAUUAUGAAGCAGCUCUUGGGGAAAUGGAAGCGACACUGAAGAAGGUGGCAAAGGAGAGGAAGGGGGAAAGCACCAGUCGCCAAGUGUUCAUGGAUUUUUUGCUGCAGGGUGACGCAAGUGAGAAACAGGUGCUGGAAGACAGUAUGAUCUUCUCACUGGCUGGAACUGUGAUUACAGCAAAUUUGUGUACUUGGGCCACAUACUUUCUGGCCACAUCCAAAUCGGUGCAGGAGAAGCUAUAUCAAGAACUAAACCAGGUUCUGGGGAAGGGCCCACUAAGUUUUGACAAGCUGCAGGAACUAAGGUACUGCCAGCAGAUUCUAAAUGAGACAGUCCGAACAGCUAAACUGACCCCGGUUGCAGCUCGUCUCCAGGAAUUGGAGGGCAGCAUCAAUCAACACCUCAUCCCAAAAGAGACUCUUGUUAUUUACGCCCUGGGAGUAGUGCUUCAGGAUGACGCUUCGUGGCACUUACCUUACAGAUUUGAUCCUGAAAGGUUUAAUGAUGAAGCAGCCAAGAAACAGUUUACAUUAUUGGGAUUUUCUGGAAGUCAGGAAUGCCCAGAACUCAGGUUUGCUUACACAGUGGCUACAAUUAUGUUGAGCACUCUGAUCAAGAAGCUGAACCUGCACCCCGUGGAAGGCCAGGUGGUGGAAAUGAAAUAUGACCUCGUAACUACCCCGAAAGAGGAGGCUUGGAUCACUGUUAGCAAGAGAACCUAGGCAUGCCCUAAACUCACCUGCCUAAGGAGAGAGCGAGUGCUGAUGGAGAGGGAACAUUUUUGGUAUGAUGUGGCUAUAGCUGUUAAGAUUCACACCAGAAACAGUACUCAUGCACCAAGAAAACUGCAGAUUCAGCUUCCAAGUCCUAACCUCUCACUACAAAUGCCUGAAGCUAACCAUAAAGUAAUAGUCUCAUCACCAGAAAGAUUAGUGCAGUGAGACCUGCUUAAGACAUCUCUUUGUAUCAGCACUGUAUUUUUUUUUAAAACUGGGAUCCUUGCAACUUUCAUAAGUAUAACAUGCACAAUGAGCUGGGAAACUAUUGUCUGUUUUGAGGAGCAAGAGUGGUGAAGAAGUGAUGACACAUAACUUGAUCAUGAUGAGCACAAUAGCAUAGAACAAGGUCAGAUUGGGGUGCGCGGCUACUUUUGUGAUCAGGGCUUCGGUGAGUCUUAAGGUGAGAUCAGCCCAUCUGAAGUAUAUGUUUGCCUUGCGUUUCCAGUGAUAAAGCCAAGUCAGGUGGUCCAAGUGAGCUAGUUGACCUUGGCCUCAGCGCACCUCCUUCUACUUCCAGCUUAGUUAAUAGAACAAUUGGUCAGGGAUCCCAUUCCAGAUUUCUGGGCAGGAAUCCAGCUGAAGGAGUGUGGCUGUAAAAAUGCAGCCAAAGUUCCAAUCGAAGUAUUUUUCUGAUAUCCGGCGCCCACAGGAAAUCCAUGCUUGCAGUAUCCCAGCGAGUCUUCACUGUCUGAAAAGGGAACAAAUCUCUCCUUGAAAACACUGUGGGACAUUGCAUUUGAUAUAGUUGUCAUGAGACCAGUACAUAUCAAGAGCACUCUGUAUGAAUUUCCAUAAUCAUUUAUCAAUAAACUUGGAGAAAAUA